AUGGUAGACAAUACUACUACUACUACUACUACUACUACUACUACUACUACUACUACUACUACUACUACUACUACUACUACUACUACUACUACUACUACUACUACUUCUACUACUACUACUACUACUACUACUACUACUACUACUACUACUACUACUACUACUACUACUACUACUACUACUACUACUACUACUACUACUACUACUACUACUACUACUAUUAAACUUCAUAAAAGACGGUUUCUAACUAAUUUACACAGAGACUAUUUGUCUAAAUUUAAUCAUUAG